GUUUAGACAGUGCAGCUCUUUACGGUAGCCUCAAAGUAUCGGUGUAACUCGGGGUUGCGUGUUCGAUCCACAGAAUAAACAGGGGCAGGAAUCACGCUGAUUCACGUACAAAUAAAUUUGGUCGCAAAUUACACACGCCGGUAAACAUGGAGCAGGCGGAUCAACAGCCUCGGACCCCAGACCCCUCGCCGGACAGCGAGGACGAUGUGGGUCCGAUCUCAAUCGACCUGUCAUCGGCAAACGGGAGCCUAAAGAACGGGGUACACAACGCGCCAUUAGCGUCCGAGUAUAGUGCUUCGCCCUGGAAGCGCAAGCAGCUGGCUGACGUAAAUCCGAACGGAAGCCUCGACCUGAGCAAACUCUCCAUGCGACGCAAUUCGAGCUACGGAAAGCUACCUUCCGAGGCGCCGGAAGCCCGGGUGCUCGUCAUCUACACCGGCGGCACGAUCGGCAUGAUGCGAAAUGAGAAGAAUGCACUGGAGCCGCGGCCGUACGAGUUUGUGCGUAAAAUACGCCAAUACCCGAACAUGCAUGACGACGUUUACGCAACGAAGCGAUACGGGGCGGCCAAGAACAUGGCCCCGCUAGUGCUACCGUACGUCGAGGGUCAGCAUCGACGGAUACUGUUCCAGAUAUCGGAGUAUGAACCGCUGCUGGACUCAUCUAACAUGACCAUCACCGACUGGGUGCGCAUCGCUACGGACAUUCGGCAGUCGUACGAAUUUUUCGAUGGCUUCGUUAUCCUGCACGGCACCGAUACCCUGUCCUACACGGCCUCGGCCCUGUCGUUCAUGUUCGAGAACCUGGGCAAAACGAUCGUCAUCACCGGCUCGCAGAUACCGAUCUUCGAGACUCGCACCGACGGCAAGGACAACUUCAUGUCCGCCCUCAUCCUGGCCGGCAACUACGUCAUCCCGGAGGUGUGCGUCUUUUUCAACAGCCGGCUGUUCCGGGGCAACCGGACGAUCAAGGUGAGUUGCGACUCGCUGGAUGCGUUCAACUCGCCGAACGCCGCGCCACUGGCCAAGAUGGGCAUCAACGUGGAGGUUGACUACCGGGGCAUCUUUCGGCCGUGCACGGUCGACAAGUUUACGGUGCACCUGCAGAUGGACGAGAACGUCGGGCUGUUGCGCCUAUUUCCGAGCAUCUCGGUCGCGACGGUGAAUGCGUUCCUGCGGGCGCCCAUGCGGGGCGUGGUGUUGCAAUCGUACGGGGCCGGCAACUUUCCCUCCAACCGGCUGGACCUGAUCCAGGCGCUGAAGGAGGCGAACGAUCGGGAGGUCCUGAUCGUCAACUGUACCCAGUGUAGCGAGGGUUCGGUUUGUGAUCUGUACGAAACGGGCCGGCAGGUGCAGGAGACCGGUGUGGUGCCCGGGUAUGACAUGACACCGGAAGCAGCGCUGGCCAAGCUUUCGUACGUGCUCAGCAAACAGGAGUGGGACUGGGAAACGAAAAAGAAGAUGAUGAAAAACAAUCUGCGUGGAGAGUUGACGUGUGAAAAGGCACCGGAUAUGCAGGAGUACGAUCUGAUCGAUGCCGUCGCUCGAACGCUCCAUCUCACGUCGACGAAAGAGCUUGGCCAGCUCAAGUCAUCGCUCUUCCCGGCCAUGGUCAAUACGGCAGUCAUAGCGGGAGAUCUGGCGAAGCUGACGAACCUGCAAGGGUAUGGGGCGAACAUGUCCGCAGAGAACUACGACCGCCGAACGGCGCUGCACGUGGCAUGCUGCGAGGGUAACAUCGAAAUGGUCCAGUACCUGCUCCAAAACGGUGCGGCGGUACAUAUUCGCGAUCGAUACGAUCGGACACCGCUCGCGGAUGCGAUAAUGAACGAUCACCACCAAGCGAUCCGGUUGCUAAUCAAGUGCGGUGCCCAUCUGACCGGCUCGAUCCGUGGCAUCGGCGACAGUCUGUGCGCGGCGGCCGCCCGCAACCUUUUGCCGCGCCUGGAAUCGUAUCGCCUCGCCGGUGCCGACCUCUCGCAGGAGGACGCGACCGGCCGGACAGCGCUGCAUGUGGCCGCCAUGUACGGGAACGUGGAGAUUGUGCGGUAUCUGCUGAAGAACUACGCCGAUGUGAAUGCGAAAGACUAUCUCGGCCUCACCCCGCUCGACUACGCCACGAAAGUGCAGGCCGAACCGGUGAUGGAGGUGCUGAAUGGUCACCAGGCUCGCCGAGGCGACGAGCUGUCAUUCGAACCGGACAAACGCCCGGACACGGUGGAUUCUUUCGACUGAGAGUGAUCACGGUUGCCAUGGGAGUUGGGAGCAGACUGUAAACGGUUUGUGAUAAUUGGUGUAAAAAAAUGUAAUG